GUCUAAGUCUUUAUGCUUUAUGCUUUAUGCUUUAUGCUUUAUGCUUGCGUGCUAGACUGCUAGUUUAGUGUAUUAGACUUGUGAUGCGUUACACGGGCGACAUGUUUUCUACGUCGCACGGGAUGGGAUGCUACUUCAGGAAACGGCCAGAGGAGGGAUUCUGGCCCUCACCCCCUCUCCGUCCGCGGACACUCCACCUCGUAGGAGCGCAGCGGCAGGGUACGACGAAUCGGGGUAACGACAGAAGGCAAAGUAGACAAAUAUUCUACUGGGGAUGAAGUGGUACGCGAGGGCUAUUGUAUGCAUGCGCAUACGCAUACGCAUAUAGAAUGUCCAGUAGGCAGCUCAGGAGACGCGUCCGUUCCCAACCUAUCGCUACGGUACUUCCACUCCUCGAAUCUCCCACGGGAGCCUCAGCUGUCGAAAGAGGCAACGUCCGUGUUUCGAGUGAGUGCGGAGCCGAUCUUGUCGUGGAUUCGUCCCGUUCGUCCCGCGAGGUCGGCAAUCGGCCGCUACCCAACUGGCACGCGGUCUCUUGGCUCCAUUGGGUAAGUUUCCCCGUACGUCCUUAUACUUACCACCAUGCCGACUCGGUACCAGAGUUACCGUCCGUGCAUGUUGAGGGGAAAUGCCGACACCAACUGGAAUCUUGCUCGACGGAACAUAUGCCUAUAACUCGAUCGUCUAUAACAUUUCGUCUAUCUACCUAGGUAACU